GGCAGCCACGCAUGGGGAAUCAUACUUAAUACCCAGUGUGACCCCCGAAAUUGCGCAUUUCGCUCAAAGUAUUCAGUCGAUCUUCCAUAACUUCAGAUAUUACAAUAUUCACACCUCCAAAAUGCCGCCAAGGCUCUCCCCCGACUUCAAACGCGGCCGUUGUCGCUUCGUUUCCAACUGCCCUUACGGUACCAAGUGUCGUUUCAGUCACGGGACGGCACCAAGUAAAGCAAUCCCUUCUAGUAGUGCAGACCCACAGCCUAGGAAGGAAAGUGAGAUUGAGGGCAUUUCUCGAGAAUGGACAUACAUGACUCGUUGCAAGUAGAUAGCUGCCUUGAGGAGAAUGAAAAACAAGAGGGAGAAGUCAAGUCUAAAUACUGUAUGAUACCGAGUAAUUUGGAGUUUGUACUAGGUCUUGAAGGUUAGACCUAAUGGAUGUUCCGGAAGUCAACGCGUCGUCACUAUGGUAGGAUGAUCCCUAGCAGCAUAGCAUGGGACCGAGAAAAGGGCCUAUUUCUAUUGGUACCGCAAUACACUUCAUGUUGUGGGGCACGGAUUGACAAUACGAAAUGCUGCUCUUAGUGUCGCGUCUUUGCAGUACAGCAUAGUGUCACGUGAAUGCCGCCAAGGACGGAUGGUCCGUGCCGAGAUAGGCUAUAUCAUUCACCCAGCGG